AUGGAUGAGUUAGAAGUUUGGGAGGACCUGUCUAAUAUUCCAGCUGAUCCACCUGUUAUGCGUGAAUUAUGUGAAAGGUGCAAAAGACCAGCAGUAGUAUGUUGGUGUUCAGCUCUGCCACCACAGAGGUUAAAUCCAAGAAGUAAUGUUAUAUUAUUACAACAUCCUGCUGAAGAAAAAAGAUGCCUGCGCACUGCCCCUAUGUUACAACUUGGUUUAGUUGAUAACAAGUGCCUUAUAUUUAAGGGGAAAAGAUUUCCUCAACCUAAGCAUGAAAACUUAGAAAGUAUUCUUAGACAUCCCAAUACUAUACUUUUAUAUCCAAGUAAGUCUGCUAUAGACAUAAAAGAGCUUGAACACCAAGCUCUUUCUUAUAAUCUUAUAUUAAUAGAUGGGACAUGGCCCCAAGCUAAGGCUAUUUAUGCAUCAAGUCCAAUUUUACAUAAAAUAAGACAAGUAAAAUUUACUGCAACAAAUACAAGCAACUAUAUAAUAAGAACUCAACCAACAGAAGGCUGCUUGAGUACUCUAGAGACAGCAGCUGAAGCAUUGUCUCAAUUAGAAAAUGAUACAAUUUAUAGAGAACAAUUGAUAGAACCUCUACACAUGCUCUGUAAAUUUCAAUUGGAAAAUGGAGCAGUAACACACCAAUCAAAAGAGUUUUUAAUAAAGUCAAACACAUAUCCCAAAUUGAUUGGAAAACGAUUAUCAAAGUUAUUGAAAUCUACAAAUGAAUAUAUAAAUACAAAC